AUGGCUCUUCCGCAAUCUGCCUACAAGGACCGUCAGUUCCUUGCUGUUAUUGGUGACGAGGACUCAGUGACCGGUGUCCUGCUCGCCGGAGUCGGACACGUCACCGACCCUCCGGACUCGCAAAAGAACUACCUCGUUGUCGACCACAAGACCGAGACGCACGCCAUCGAACAGGCCUUUGACAGCUUCACCCAAGAGCGCAAGGACAUUGCCAUUCUCCUCAUCAACCAGCACAUCGCCGACAAGAUUCGCAGCCGUGUCGACUCGUACACCCAAGCCUUCCCCUCGCUGCUCGAGAUUCCCUCCAAGGACCACCCAUACGACCCCGAAAAGGACAGCGUCAUGAAGCGCGUCAAGAAGUUGUUUGGAGAGUAA